CAUCAAACAGAGCUGGAGAUGAACCAGGAGGAACUGGCUGACCCACUGUGGGGCGAGGAGCUUGGAACUAUCCGUUCUAAAUUCGUGGACAGAGUCUCAGACCCAGUUAUCAAAGGUCUCCUGGAUGACCUUUGGCAGCAGCAGGUGUUCAAUACUGAGGAAAAGGACUCUGUGAUGGAGGGCCUGAAGAUCAGAGCGGACCGAGCACGUUGUCUGAUCGACAUGGUGAUCGGUAAAGGGGAGAGAGCAAGUCAGAUGAUGAUCGAUAGUAUGAAGAAGAGGGACAAACACUUAUGCUCCACCCUGGGUCUGAUCUCUUCUCUUGCUGGUGUGGAACAAGUCAGGAAUCAAUGUGCUGGUCUGAUUACGUCAGGCAGUAGUGGCCGGGGGAGCUUGCCCGAGUCUGAGUUGUCCGGCCCUAUGGACGGGAAGUCGUCUGUUCCACUUGACGGGCCUGGUAACACGCUGGGAUCUGCUGCUUUCGAGUGCAGAGAUGAAAUCAAGUCUCGUUUGAAGAAUUCCUGCUGUGUGUUUGAGGGAAUCGCUAAAGCAGGACGUUCAACACGUCUGAAUGAGAUCUACACAGAGCUCUACAUCACAGAGAGAGGCAUUGGAGAGGUCAACAAGGAACAUGAGGUCAGACUGACUGAAGCAGCUUUCAGGAAACCAUCCAAGGAGGAAACACCAAUCAGAUGUGAAGACAUCUUUAAACACUUACCUGGACAAGAUGAACCACAUAAACCAAUCAGGACAAUAAUGACAACUGGAGUGGCCGGCAUUGGUAAAACCAUUUUAACACACAAGUUCACUCUGGACUGGGCUGAAGACGAAGCCAACCAAGACAUACUCUUCACGUUUCUCUUCACUUUCAGAGACCUGAAUUUACUAAAAGGGGAAGAAUUUAGCUUGGUGGAAUUUCUUCAUUAUUUCUAUAUUGAGACCAAAGAAGCAGGAAUCUGCAGAUAUGACCGGUUCAACGUUGUCUUCAUCUUGGAUGGUCUGGAUGAGUGUCGACUUCCUCUGGACUUCCAGAACAACCCGAUCUGGACUGAUGUCACAAAGUCCACCACGGUGGACGUGCUGCUGACAAACCUCAUCAGGGGCAAACUGCUUCCCUCUGCUCGCAUCUGGAUAACCACACGCCCUGCAGCAGCUGAUCGGAUCCCUGCUGACUGUGUUGACAUGGUGACAGAGGUGAGGGGGUUCAACGACCCACAGAAGGAGGAGUACUUCAGGAAGAGAUUCAAAGACGAGACGCUGUCCAACACAAUCAUCUCCCACGUCAAGAAAUCAAGAAGCCUCCACAUCAUGUGUCACAUCCCAGUCUUCUGUUGGAUCACUGCUACAGUUCUGGAGGACAUCUUAAAAACAUCCAAGAGAGGAGAAAAGAUGCCCAGGACCGUGACUCAGAUGUACAGCCACUUCCUGAGGGUUCAGUCCAUGCUGGGGGACAGGAAGUACCAUGGGAGAUCUGAAACAGAUCCACACUGGAGUUCAGAGAGCAGGGAGAUCAUUGUUUCUCUGGGAAAACUGGCUUUUAACCAGCUGGAGAAAGGCAACCUGAUCUUCUACGAGGCAGACCUGGCAGAGUGUCACAUCGAUAUCAAAGAAGCCUCAGUGUACUCAGGAGUGUUCACCCAGAUCUUUAAAGAGGAGUGCGGGAUGUACCAGGACAAGGUGUUCUGCUUUGUCCAUCUGAGCCUCCAGGAGUUUCUGGCUGCCCUUUAUGUCUUUCUGUCCUUCAUCAACGAUGGUGUCAAUCUGCUCUCAGAAGAAACACCCACCUCUGGGGAAGAUAAACUCCUCCUCCUCUACCAGAGUGCUGUGAACAAGGCCUUACAGAGUAAGAACGGACAACUGGACUUGUUCCUCCGCUUCCUCCUGGGCCUCUCUCUGGAGACCAAUCAGAUUGUUCUACGAGGUCUGCUGGGACAGACAGGAACUAGCUCACUGACCAAUACAAAAACAGUGUCUUACAUCAAGGAGAAGAUAGAUGGAGAUCUCUCUCCAGAGAGAAGCAUCAACCUGUUCCACUGUCUGAAUGAGCUGAACGACCGUUCUCUAGUGAAGGAGAUCGAACAGUCCCUGACAUCAGGAAGUCUCUCUGGAGAAUCUCUCUCUCUUGCUCAACUGUCAGCUCUGGCCUUCAUCCUAGUGACAUCAGAAGAGGAGCUGGAUGUGUUUGACCUGAAGAAAUACUCUGCUUCAGAGGAGGGUCUUCUGAGGCUGCUGCCAGUGGUCAAAGCCUCUAAAACAUCUCUGCUGAAUGGCUGUCAUCUGUCAGAGAGAUGCUGUGAAGCUCUGGCCUCAGUUCUCAGUUCCAACUCCUCUAGUCUGAGAGAGCUGGACAUGAGUACCAAUGAUCUGCAGGAUUCAGGAGUGAAGCUGCUCUCUGCUGGACUGGGGAGUCCACACUGUACACUGGAAACUCUCAGGUCAGUUGUCAGCCUCUUCUUCAAACUGGUUAUUCUAGAUUCCAGUAAGUGCUGCUCUUGCCUGAUGCAUUUCUGUUGCUCUUUUCCCUGCUGACAAAACACUCCCUGGUUCUACACAAUGUUAGAUCCGGUGAAGAAACGUUCUUAGCGUACCAAACACAGCGAACUUCUCCUGACUCUAACUGAACAAUAUCUCAUUGAGGUGUAGCUAUUGAGAAAGGAGCGUUUGUUUUAGAUCCUGUUUCACAUCCAAGUGAAGGAACUUCUGCUGUCUGUGAUGAUGUCAUCUCCCCACUUCCUCUUCCUGUUCUCAGACUCUCAGGGUGACACAGCUUUGUCUCCAUGAAGUAUCAAUAAAGCUUGUCCUCCAAAUGGAAUGAAUACACUUUAGAAAUGUGGUUACUUUAGUACAAACUGCACUCAACCA